GGAUGCAAUCUGAGCCGCACGAUGCAUCAGAUCUAAAGGCUAGAUUUCAUUCUUAUUUAUUUCACCAAGGUGCAUUCUCACCUGAACCGCCCCCUAUAUAUAUAUAUAUAUAUAUAUAUAUAUAUAUAUAUAUAUAUAUAUAUAAAAGGACGGUAGGGUUUGGAGAGAGAAGGGGAAACGCCGCCCACUAGCGGCGACUCAAUUUCGAUGAAGACCGGCGGGGAAGACCACAACACAGAAGGGAAUCUCUGGGUUUUGGGAAUCGACGGCCAUGGUACUCUGAAUCUUAUCGUCCCAAGUUUCAUCAUCCAGCUCACACACAGCGAGGGUGGAGGAGACAGAGCUCAUGGCCUUUCAGGAAUGGAGUCGGUCAGAUUUCUUUAUCAAUUGAAAGCAAGGAUUUUGUGGUCUCAGAAGACGGGUAGUGCAUCAGCAUUUCCGAAUCAAAAUCACGUCUCCGCCUCCUUAUUCUUCUUCGUUCCCGAUUCAAGGCCGCCAACGGCAGACCCCCCAUCGCCGUCCCUUCUUCUCCGAUCAGCGCCAGCGCGCCGGCACGAGAGGAUUCUCUCUCCCUCUCUCGAUUUCUGGCAGCUUCCUCGGCUCAGUGGCGCAGCGACCCAAUUGACGGCGAACAGGAGUUCCCCCUUCGUUGAUUCAGCGAUACCGACCGCGGUGCAGUGGCAGACCGGCGGCGAUUGGCGAGGAAGGCAGCGACCCUGCAACACUGGCGACAGUGACAAUUUGGUCCAGGCAGCAGCAGUGAAGCAGGCGCGACCCUAUAAGCUCGAGCAGCGAAUUGACCGGCCAUCUACGCCGGUGUCCGGCGAACGGACUCCAACAACUCCGGCGAUAUCCCUCCUUGCUCCAGCCAGUCCGCACAGUGUUGGUAAUUGGGACAGCAGUACCGGUUCUGGCAGCGGGGCAGAUCUGUUCCGACAGUUGAUUUCGAAUGACAUUCUUUCAAAUUGGAUCAGAAUGAAUCGAGGUAAUCAUGGAGGGGUUGACCUGGAAAUACAUCCUGGAGGGCAGCGUGACGGAGGAGAUGUACGGAUGCAGGGAUUUAAUAAUGUUUGAUUUAAUUAUAAAGCUUCCGCACUGUUUGUAUAAACUCCGAUAUGUAUUUAGAUGGUUUUGAAUUUGUUAGUUUUAAAUUAAAUGUUUUUAAUUCAUUGGAAAAUAUUGUAUGUGGAUACCAAUUUAGUAGUAACCCGGUUCGCUAACCUAUUUAUUCGGGUUACGCGGGUUGGGGUGUUCC